CACAAACCACAGUCGUGUAAAAAAGCCUCCUCAUGCCAAGUGAGAGUGAAUCAAAAACGGUCUGACGGAUUUUCAAAGUGGAACUUCGUGCUGAUUCGGUGCAGUUCUUAAAGCGGCCGCUAGAGGAAGCACAAAAUCGAAACUCACGGGAAUGAGAAACUUCCUCUAGAAAUCGUAUCCUUCAAGAAAUGCUCGCAAACUAAGCCAGAACUUUUGAAAACCCUCGAGCAGUUGCAGUUGGACUUUUGAGGAAGUUUCAGAAAAGUUUCAGGAUGGCUGACUACAACACUGAACAACCAGCGCCUAGCAAACUCAAUCAAGUUCAGGAUCAAGUCAAUGAUGUUAAAGUCAUUCUCAAAGACAACAUCAACAAAGUCCUGGAGAGAGGAGAGCGGCUAGACGACCUGAUCGGCAAAACGGAUGAUCUGCAGGCCACGGCUGACUCAUUUCAAAGGACGUCCACACGUGUUGCCAGAAAGAUGUGGUGGAGAAAUACCAAGAUGAUGAUUAUAAUUGGUGUGGUAGUGCUUGCCAUCAUCAUUUUAAUCAUCCUGUUAGCAACACAAGUCAUUCCCACCUAAUCCAGACAUCCAUUUCAAUCAUUUGUAUUCGUGAAGUACACGCACACACACUAAGAAUUAAUGACCUUUUUUACUAUGAAAGAAACUGGAUAGAUUUAUGUAUAGAUAAAUAACUAUUUUUGUUAUAUUGACAUUUCAUGUGAUAUUCUGUAUAAAUCUGGGGCGAAUAUGUGGUUAUUACUCGUUAGGGUGUUAUCUUAAUAUAAUGAGACUUAAAACUUAAUUCAGUGAAAAAAUGUUUUAAGAUGUUUUAUUGUUAAUAGUUUUACUUUGAGACGAACCACUGUGCUUCAUUCCAAAGACGUCAAAAAUCAUUUAAAUUUUAAUUACAUUUCAUUAAAGAAAACAUGCAUUAUA